AUGCGAUCGCCCCGGCCUCAAUAUACUCCCAGCGUCGCAUCCACCCACACUCGGACUGGGUCAAUUCUGGACGAUGCUCCUAGGAUUCCGCCGCCAGAUGCGUCUUACAUGUCCUACGACACCAGGGACCCUUCUCACAGGCCGUGGUCGCCAGCGUCCAGACUGACGGAUUACUCUCGCCCUCCCGCGUCUCAUGCCUCGUAUGAACCCUCAGACAUCAAUGGCAGUCCCAGGCCAGGAACUCCGUCCUCUAGAUAUGGCGGCAGUCCGCGCCGGCCUCUCCCACCAGCUCCUCGCUUUGGCAACGCAUCGCGCCAAUCACAAUUUACCGACGAUAUAACCGUCUCCAUCCCCUUGGACCAUCGCGAAGAUGACGAUGAUGUCUUUGGCCCCGAGUCAGACCUGAGCGAAUCUCGCCAUUACGACAACUACGAGCACGAGCAGUAUGAUCACUAUGACGAGGAUGAUAGGCACUAUGGUGAUGACCGCGACUCAUACCACUCAGGCCAAGAGACAUUGAGCGAGGAGCAGGAGUACUAUGAUAAAUACGAGCACUAUGGACCUGCGCCUGAUGGAGCGCAAGAGAGGCGUGGUGUCCGCGCUCCGCAAAUGGCUAAAAAGGAAGUCCCGCUCAUCAACGGUGAGCUGGUCUUGGAGUGCAAGAUUCCAACCAUUCUCUACAGCUUUCUCCCGCGCCGAGACGAGGUCGAGUUCACUCACAUGAGAUACACUGCUGUGACGUGUGAUCCCGAUGACUUUGUCGACAGAGGCUACAAAUUACGACAGAGUAUUGGCCGGACGGCUCGAGAGACGGAGCUGUUCAUUUGCGUCACCAUGUAUAACGAAGACGAGAUUCUCUUUACCAGAACAAUGUACGCCGUCAUGAAGAACAUUUCUCAUUUCUGCUCUCGAUCCCGAUCUCGUACCUGGGGUGAAAACGGCUGGCAAAAAGUCGUCGUUUGCAUCAUCUCAGAUGGUCGUGAGAAAAUCCAUCCACGCACACUCGACGCCUUGGCUGCCAUGGGAGUCUACCAGCAUGGCAUUGCCAAAAACUUUGUCAACAACAGAGCCGUACAGGCACACGUCUACGAGUACACAACGCAAGUCUCGCUCGACUCGGACCUCAAAUUCAAGGGUGCUGAAAAGGGCAUUGUUCCGUGCCAAAUCAUCUUCUGCCUCAAAGAGAAGAACUCGCGCAAGCUCAACUCGCACCGUUGGUUCUUCAAUGCAUUUGGCAAGGCCUUGAACCCCAACGUUUGCAUUCUGCUCGAUGUGGGAACUCGUCCUGGUGGUACUUCGCUGUACCAUCUCUGGAAGGCCUUUGACUUUGAUUCCAACGUUGCCGGAGCUUGCGGUGAGAUCAAGGCCAUGAAGGGCAAAUACGGAUCAUACCUGUUGAAUCCUCUGGUUGCAUCGCAAAACUUUGAAUACAAGAUGUCCAAUAUCCUGGACAAGCCCCUCGAAUCUGUGUUUGGAUACAUCACCGUGUUGCCCGGUGCCCUCAGUGCCUACCGUUACCAUGCGCUACAAAACGACGAGACUGGCCAUGGACCGUUGAGCCAGUAUUUCAAGGGUGAAACACUCCACGGUCAGCAUGCGGAUGUGUUUACAGCCAACAUGUAUCUGGCCGAAGAUCGCAUCCUUUGUUGGGAGCUCGUGGCCAAGCGAGGCGAGAGAUGGGUGUUGAAAUACGUCAAGGGUUGUCAUGGAGAAACAGAUGUUCCUGACUCUGUUCCCGAGUUCAUCUCCCAACGAAGAAGAUGGCUGAACGGUGCCUUCUUUGCCGCCGUCUACUCCCUUGUCCAAAUGCGACAAAUUCUACAGACCGACCAUACUCUUGCUCGCAAGGUCCUCUUGUACAUUGAGUUUGUCUACCAAUUUGUCCAGCUGCUCUUCACCUACUUCUCUCUCGCAAACUUCUAUCUGGCUUUUUACUUCGUCGCUGGCGGUCUAGCGGAUAAACGAGUUGAUCCGUUUGGACACGGCAUUGGAAACAUCAUAUUCAUUAUCCUGAGAUACACGUGUAUCUUGCUUAUCGCUAUCCAAUUCAUCUUGUCUCUUGGAAAUCGUCCACAAGGUGCGAGAAGACUCUAUAUGGGCAGUAUGAUUAUCUACAGCAUCAUCAUGGUUUACACGACUUUUGCCAUCUUCUACAUUGUCGUAAGGCAAUUCACGGACAGUGACGGUGGUGUCUCGAUCUCACUCGGUAACAACGUGUUUACGAAUCUAAUCGUCUCGUUGGCCUCGACGGUUGGUCUGUAUUUUGCCAUGUCGUUUUUAUACCUCGAUCCCUGGCACAUGUUUACCUCGGCCGGCCAAUAUUUCCUUUUGCUGCCGAGCUAUAUCUGCACCCUGCAAGUUUACGCCUUUUGCAAUACCCACGACGUCACUUGGGGUACAAAGGGCGACAAUGUGAUGAAGACGGAUCUGGGUGGCGCUGUCGGCAAGGGUGAAACUGUCGAGCUUGAAAUGCCCAGCGAGCAGCUUGAUAUUGAUAGCGGAUACGACGAGGCUCUGCGUAAUCUUCGUGACCGCAUCGAGGUUCCGGAGAAGCCCCCGAGCGAGUCUCAGCUGCAGGAAGAUUACUACAAGAGCGUGCGAACGUACAUGGUUGUCUCGUGGAUGGUGCUCAACGCCAUCCUCGCCAUGGCUGUGUCCGAAGUGUACAGCGACAAGGGCAUUGGCGACAACUUCUACCUUCGUUUCCUGCUCUGGAGCGUGGCGGGCUUGGCGUUGUUUCGUGCUAUAGGAUCAACCACGUUUGCCGUCAUCAACCUCAUCCACCUGAUUGUUGAGGGCAGAAUCCGCAUGACGCUCAAGUUGCCAAGCUGGGCUGGCGGUAUGGGCGAGAAGCUGAGCGAAACCAUGAGCAGCGUGGGAAGCAGCAUCACUAAUACCCUUAGAACUUGA